GUGACUUAUGUCUUAUACGAGCCUGAUUCACAUUUUUUACCACUUUGUACCAUAUGAAUUGGUAUUUUUCCUCCAAUGUGGUAACAAAUCUUGUUGAAGCUUCAUCAAAGCAAAACAGCAAAUGCAUGAUUCUUGAAAGGGUAUUAAAUUGAAACUUUUAAAAUGUUUAAGCAUAUUAUGAAAAGUUAAAAUAUUAGUGGGGUGGAUUUGUAGUUUUUUAAAACUUGGAGAACAGAUACAUCUUACUGUCAUUACUGAGGCAACAUCGAGUACAUUCACCGGAAAAUGGAUGCCGGAGCUGAAAUUGAUGUGGUUCGGCCGGUGGAGGCAGAUUCGGCGGCGGAAAUUAGUCCGGAACAAGACCACGAAGGAAGAUCGGAGCCUUCGUCGUUGAACCAAGGGGAGAUUUUAAAAACACUUGCUACGGUGGAGAAGGAUUCGCAGGCAAUCGCGGAGAGCUUUUCGUCUCUCUUUGUUUCCCUCCGAUCAACUCUUUCUGAGGCUACUGGUAGCUCGGUUGAUCACAUGGCUUGCUUUGGAGAGGCAGCGGGACGGCUUCAGGAAAAUGCUCUAGAUGCAGCCACCAAAGGGAACCGGUACAUCAACUCUUGCCUCAGAUUAAACGAGGAAAUUAAAGGCGUUGAGAAUUUGGCGGCUCGGUUAAAGCACCUGAGGAAAAACGUGGAUGUUCUUGACACGGCUGUAAACAAGCUUCUCCGGCCUCCAUGAGAAGUCGUCAGUUUUUCACAGACUUGGAUCACUUUUUUAUUUUUUCUUUCAGACUUUGGAUUACGUAUUUCUCGUACAUAAAGAUUUUGAUUAUAAAACUGAUGUUAAAUUUCAACAUUACAUAUUUUCUAGGGUUUCUGGUUUAAGAAAAACAAAACACUCUGUUUUUUAAACUGUUUUCGGUAAACCGACUCGAAAAGGGAUUAUUUGUAAUUUAUUAUUGUUUGUAUAAAUAGGAUGCCAAAAAAUUCUAAACUUACGUUUCGCUCCCUCUCUAAGUCCCUCUCGCUCUUUGGUUCUUCUUCUCCCGCAAGAUUGAAUCUUUGGUUUCUUUGGAUUGGUUUCGUAAGUGUUCGCACCGAAUCAUCAACCAUUUCACCGCUGGGUUAGUAGGAGUUUGCUGGUUAUUAAGACUUUAGUCUGAAUCCAGGCCUGGCUCUUGGGGUUUGCUCUGUUGCUAGUGCACAGGGUCCAACCCUGUCUGAAUCAUGGCGAUUUUCACCAAACCUGAGAGUGCAUUGAAGCGUACAGAUGGCUUGUAGUCAGCGGAUGCUCUGGAGGAGGAGGCCCUUGAUGUCGAUGACUUUGAAGCAGAUAAAAAGCCUGAAGACUUGCAGCCAAGUGUUGUAUAUCAGCAACGACUGCUAGAGGAAAGGAAAAUUUAUGAAAAUGAGCAACAGCGUGAGGUUGAGCGUCUUAAGAGUGACCUGAAGGAGAAGAAAAGGUUGGCCAGAAUGUUGGAUAAUAAGGAAAUAUUCAGGGUGAUUCGUCUUCGACAACCUGAGUUUGAGAGGCUAAGAAGCGAGAGGAGCAUAUUGGUCAAAUAAUUCGAGCCAGGAAACAAGAAAGCGGUAUUAAGAGGAAACAGAUAUAUCAUUUGAAAUCUGAUGAGGAAAGGAUAAAAAAGCUUCAGGAAGAAGAGGAGGCUCAUAGGCGUGAAGGUAAGCCCUUGACUUCCAUAGAAAAACAAUUUGGUCAUUUUUGCUUAUUAGGCCUCAGUGAAGAAUAAUUUAGUCAUGAUUUUCCCAAGAUUUGAACAUGUGUAAGACUCGUUUUCAGCUAUACAAACCCUUUUGCAUUGAAUAAGCUUUUUAUUUUCUAGUCAAAUUUUCGCUUUUUCUUACAGUUUCAUCUUGUCGCAUUUUCAUAUUCUAAAGUCUUUCAAUGCAUAGAAACAUUGUAGGGAUUCAUGUAUAUUCCUUCCUAUAAUGUACGAGAAGCUUUUAUAUCAUACUAAAAAC